AGGUAUUCUAUAAGCAGCCGGUUAUUUAACGAUUUUAUUGGUUUGCAUGCGUUUUUAAAUAACAGUAUUUACCCAUGUACUCACCUGUCUAUUUUCGCACCUACCGAUAAAUAUUUGUCUGCGUACGUUCAGCAAAUUGUACACGGAGACGAGAUACGUUGUCGAGGUAGUGCAAAACGUCAUAUUCGUAUUGAAGCCAUUGCUACGGGCAGGUACUAAAAUAUUUUCAGCAUUUUACGAGUAUGCUUGAAUAUUCUAUUUAUAUAAUAUUGCAUAAUACGUCUAGAAAUUAUCGGGGCAUUGUACCCCUUAACACCUCUUAGUAGUUCCGGCCCAGAUUGUAUAUACAUGUUCGUUUAUGUUAAGGUAGAAAAUAUUCUCUCCGGUAUUGCUGGUUUUCAACGUUGUUAAAAUAAUUAUUUAAAUUUAUCAAGUAGCUUACAUGAUAUUAUAAUAUAUUAAGGUAUUAACGGCUGUUGGCUAACAUAAACGUGAUCGAUGGGGAGGGCUACAGUCCUCUUAGCUCCUCAUUUUGAGAUGGCUCUGGAUUCCCACUUACUGUAUGGAAAAUUAAAAUAAUAAGGAUUUAUUGAUUGACUUAUUUCUGUAAAAGUUUAAUUAAUCUAUUUAAAAGUUGACUACCAACUUAUUCGUUAGUAAAAUUAACUCAAACUGUAUACAACGAUAAACCUGUAUAUAUAAAAAAACGUUUCUGAGUGAUAAAUUGAAGUUGAACAUUUUCUUAAUUUGUAACUGUAAAUUCAAUUUUUUAUAUAUAUAAAAAUGUUCAUAUUUUUAAUGAAUUUCAUCACACAUUUAAACUUCUAAUUCUUGUAAAAAAAAUUGUGACCAUGGAUUUUUGAUAUUUUUAAAUUGCCAUUCGAACAACUUCUACAUAAUAUACAAAUAUUCGCUAAAUAAUUAACAUGCAAGGAACUAAUUCAAUUCCGUCAGUUAAUUUUAAAGAAAAAGUCCGUGAAACCAGGCGUAAAAUACAAAUUUGUUAAAAAACAUUUAAAUUUAUACACUAUAUGCAUGCAAAUAUAGUAAUAAUAUAAUAUUAUGUAUUACUAGCUGUCCCGUGCCCGCUAAAAUACUGAAAUCGAAUUCUUAAUCCUUCCCCCCCCCACAACAUGGUACAUUCGUACACCGAUUUUAACGCGACGAGUGGACGAGUUAGUCGUAAACCAUAAUUUUCUCUUUUUGUACACAAUAUUUUAUAAGUCGAUGUGCUGUUUCGCCAUCUGGCGAUUUCCUUCUACGUCAAACACUUGUCAAGAUUACUAUCAUUUCAUUAUCAUUAAUUAUUGUAGCCAGUUUUUAAAAACGAAAUAAACUAAAAAUAAAGAAAGUAGAAGUUUUCUAUUAUCAUUUAUCGAUAAUAUUGAUUGUAGGACGAUUAUCAAAUAUUUAACAUAAUUUAAUUUACAUGAUUAUAUUAUUAUUAUGCUAUUUUCGGGUUAAAGUCAGUUGAAUGUCAUUUGGAACUUGCACACUAGAUUUAUUUUUGUGAAAUGUAAUUUAUCAAGUUUAAUUCCUAUUUUUAUAUCUUCUUCAGUAAUUGUCUAUCAUUGCGAUGAAAGUAAGUUUGUGGAUGGCCUUCAACAAAUCAUAUAUUAUGUCCAAUUAUGCAUUAUUGUAUUUUUGGUGGUAGUCAUUAAUCAUCAGUGAUGUUAUAAUUAAUUUGUUUUGUGUUUUAGGUAGUCGUUGUUGGUUGACUACUAAAUGUUACUGAUUGAAAUUUUAGAAGUUCUGUUAAUGUGUCCCUAAAGAGAAAAUGUUGCUGACUCUGUACUAUAUGGCUACCACUUGGCUUCAAUCCUACAGAUUAUCUAAUAUAAAGUCAAACUUGAAAAAGUUCUUGUCCAAUAACUUGACUGUUGUUUUGUACAAGGAAAAAGAUUUUUUAGAUUUAGAGAGUGAAAGUAUGUACCCACACUACAUAAUUAAAUAUUUUUUAUUUUUUUAAUAUUUUCACAAAACUAAUAUUUUUGAUUUGUUCAUUAAAGAAAAUUGUGAUAUAUUUCAAUCUUUAAAACCUCAUGGAAUUACUUCAGACAGUUGCAUAAAUGCUAGGUAUGCUCAGCUUCAUCAGAUAAUUUCAUUAGUUGGUCAUAAAAGGUCAUGUUCAAUUUUACCAGAGGUAUAAAAUAUUCAUUUGAUAAAUUAAAAAAAAAAAUUAUUGUUCUUGAAAAAUAUAAAACUAACUACUAUUAAUAGUAGAUAUAGUAUAACACAUCAAUAACAAUAAUUUCUGCAAUAAUCACUUAAUUUUUUUAAAGUUGUAUAUGAUAAAAUAUAUUAGGUAGUUUUAUAUCAGUUUUCUACAUAAUAAUAUUGCAUUAUUAAUUUAAUAAAAAAAUGUUUUAUUUCAUUAUUUCAUUUAAACAGCAAAUACUGGAUGUGGAUAGUUGGAUUGCCAUACCAAGCAAUAAUGUCACAUUUCCUGUUCUCUUGAAUACUAAUACGCCAUUAAAUUUAAAUUUAGAAACAAAAAUUAAUUUAUUAGUUGAAGCCAAUUAUAAAAUGUUUAAAGUUCAUCAAAAUAUUGAAAAAUGCUUAGUAAGUUAGAUAUGAGAUUAUGAAGUUAGACAUAGAUAUGAGGAUAUAAUAUGUAUUACUGUUUAAUUUAUUUUAGAUUGAAGAGUUUGGUAUACCUAAAGCUUGGAAUGCUGACGAAAGUUUCAGUAUUUUAUUAGAAACUGAUCUUGAUCAUUUUGCAAUGCUCUCAAGUAAUUUCAUGGCAGAUUCAAAGCCAUUAUACCUGGGAAACCAUAUGGAGUUAUUGCGAAUACAAAGUUUGUAGUUAAAUAAUAAGUAUAAAAUAAAAUAAAGACCAUUUAAAAUUAUAUUUCUCUUAUUAUUAUUAUUUUUUAAUUUUCAUUGUGUAGCGGUAAAAAUUAAAGGUCAACCAUGUAAUAUUGACAAUCAUGAAUCAAUUUCAUCUAAUAUUGAUUUUAUUUACAGUCUACAAGAUCACUAUGGUAUGUACAUUGUUUUUAUACAUCAGUUAACGGUAUUUAUAUGUAAUAUUUUUUUAUUUUUUUUACAUAGAUAUUAAUAGUAAUUUAACAUCUAUUCAAUGGAACAAUUAUUGCAACACACUUAAUGCUGUAUCUGUGGUUGCAAAAAAUGUAUUAAAAUCUGGAAAUUCCAUUAGUUUUUGGUAGUUAUAUUUAUCCAUUUUAUAAAUUUGCUACAAAUUUUAUUUGAUUUUUAAGUCAAUUAUUUUAAUGUUUUCAGUUCAGCAACACUAUCAAGGAAUAUUGAGAACGACAUAAAUUUGGAUAAUUAUAUGGUGAUCGAAAAUAUACCAGAUGAAACUGAUAGUACUAUUACAAAAAUUAUACAACCAGAAGAAUAUUUUACUGAGAACAAAACUGAAAAAACCACUUUUAAUGUUCUUGAAUCUCCUAAAGAAAAUCAUUUACAAUAUGUUAGAUUUAAUGAAUACGGUGAAUUUAAAAACAUUCCAAAUGGAAAUUCAAAUGAGGCCUAUAGUAAUAACAGUACUUCAGAAAGUAGUUCCAGUGAUUCUAUUAGUUUUCGAAAAAUAAUUCUCACACCAAUUGAAGAAAAUGAAGUUAAAUUAUCAAAUGGGUAUGAACAUUUAAUUUAUAAAUGGGUCAAACGCAAUUUUUGUUUCCUAACUGAAUUUAAAUAAAUAAUUAAAAUCCAACCCAAAAAGUUUUUAAUUAAACUCAAAUUUAACCAAACUUAAAUGUAAUAUGACAAUUUUAAAUCCAUUUAUUAAUAUUGCUAUUACUUUUUAGUAUUACUAUAUUUGUUUAAUUGAGUACCUAUUUAUCGAGGUAUUUAUAAUAUAAGAUUAAUAAUAGUAUUAAUAGUAAUUAAUAAUAGUAUUGAACAAAAAUUGAACUGAACCAAAUAUCCUAAAUUUUGUUUGACCUAUCUCUAUAGUGAAUUUAUUAAAAGUAUUCACCAAAGAAAUUAUUCCUUAUGCUUAGUAUGAUUUUUUUUUCCAGAAUGAAACCAAUUAAAAGUAGUCCAGAUGUGUUCGGGUUGUACAAAAACUCCUUAAAUUCUCCAAUGAUGAAGAGUCAUCGUUCAUUUUCAGACUUCAGCCAAAGUAUGGAAACUCACACAAGAACUCGAUGUCAUACACCAGUCCAACAUAGUGGAGAAACAAAAACUGGAAAACCUCCAAAUAUUAUUAUAUAUAGUGAAAGUGCUUCCAGCGCUCAACAAAUUCAAUAUUUAUUAGAGUCUGUCUUGCAUAAAUACAGGUAAAUUAAAAUUAUUUGUACCAUCACAUUACCAUACAAAAUAAUAAAUACUCAUAAUUAAAGUGCUUUGAUGCACCAAAAAUCUAAAAUGUAUACUCUAUAAAAUGUUAAAAUAUUCUCUAUAAUAUAUCUUACAAAACAACAUUAUAUACUUACAAAUACGCACCAUGUUAGUGUACUAAUAAUUUAUAAAUAAUUUAAAUUGGUUUUGGUAGCUGGUGGGUAGGUAUAUGUAUUAAAAACGAAAUAAUUACACAUAAUUAAAAAUAAAUAAUAUACCUAGUUAUACCCUUUUAAUUUUUAUUAUUGUUGAUAUAAGGCGAAAAAAUAUAAUCUCAAAACCUUUUUGCACCUUUCAUUAAACUUAGGUUUUUUCAUCAUCUUUAAGGUUUCGAACUUUUUUCUGAAAUAGUAUUUUUCUCGAAUACUAUUAAUCUAUGAUGCCUGAAUAUCAUUUUCCCAAAUAAUGUAUCUAAAAUAAUUAUUAAAAAAAUGUUAUUUGUUCAAUAAUCAUUUAUGCAUAUUAUUAUUAUAGUUAUAGUUAUUUAAGUUUCAAAAAUUAAUUAAAAAUACACAAAUAUAAAAUUUUAAAAUUAGGUGCACAAAAUGUACAAUUCUAUAUUGUGCGCCAUUGCCAAAAAGAAGUCUCAAGUUAUUGAAUGUGUUCAAAUGUAAGUAAUGUAAGUAAUAUAUAUGAGUAAUCCUGAGUAAUUGGCCUUAAUCACCUUUGAAAAUCCAAUCUUUCUUUUUGAUUAAUUUCUUACUUUUCACCCUUGUUUGAUUUCUAUUACCAUUAUUUCCAUAUCAAUUUGUUCGUUUUUGUAAAGGAUACUUCUUAACAAAAAUUAUAAACUUACUAAUUAACUACAGAUCAUAUUAAAACCAAUUUAUUUUUGAGCUUUGCUCAGAAAUAAGGCUGAGUUGCCCAACCCCUAACUUGGAGGGUCAGUCUACUUCAACCAAUUAAUGUCAAAUAGGGCUAUUGUAAGCUAGUACAUUGAGAAAUGGAGAUGCCACAUUUCCUAUGCAUUAUUAUUUAUUAAUUAUAUUUUAAUUAUUAUUUAGAAGUGGAAAUAAAAAAAAUAAAUAAAUAUUUGUAAGCUUCAAAAUAUAACAAAUUAAUGACUCAUUAGUCAACAUUUGUAACACUAACAUUUUAUUUAUAAAUAAAUUUAUAAAAUAGCCAUUUUGGAUUUUGAGGAACAAAUUUUAAUAAAUUAUAAGAAUAAUAGCACAAGGUUUUAUUAAUUAUUAAAAAAAAAAAGUUAUUUGUUGUCUAAUGAAAGACCCUGUAUUAAUAGAUACACUUUAUUUAGUUAUAUUUAUUUUAUACAUUCAAUUGUGUUUUCAAUAAAAACAAUAACUUAAUAAUUAUCGACUUAUAAAGUAAUAAUAUACUUUAGUUAAAUGCAUCAUUUUAAAACCAUGUAUCCCAUAAUAUGAAAUGUGUUUUGUCUAAGAGUAUUUUAAAAAUGAUUAUAAAAACAUAAUAUUUUUAUACUAGGUACACAAUAUAUACACUGAGUUUAGAGAAAAUGCUUCAUUCUCCUUGGACUACACAAGCCACGAUGGUUGUCAUCUAUGGUGCUGUGCCUGAUGAACUAUAUCCACUACUUGAACAUUACCUAUUAGUAGAUGGAGGUAGAAUUUUUUGUGUAUGUUCGGAUUUUCUGGGUACGCUGCUUCCGACUGCUUUUAGUACAGCAGAAGUACGUUCCAAUGAUAUAGCCAACUUUACUUACAAACCACUAUCAAUAAGAAUGUCUCUUUUGCAUCAUAUACUCUGCUACCAGCCUAGCUUGCCCAAUAAUGAUCAUUUUCCAUCUGAAAAUGGGUAAGUUUUAAGUUUUCAAUGUGUUAUUGCAUUUCAUUAAUUAAUAACCAAGCAGAGUUUAUAAUACAAAAAUAAAUCUAUUAGUUUUAAAGAGGAGGUGAAUUUGGAUAUUGUGGAUAUGUUUGAUUCCAACAAUAAGCAUCACACUAUUAACAUCAAAAUUCUAGCUGCAGAAGACACAUGGGAAACGCCAAGUUUAAUAUUAGCUAAUGCUCCAUCUGGUGGAAGAGUCAUUUUUUCACAAGUAACUAUUCUCUUUAACUUGACCAUAAUAUUAUUAAAAUAAUAAAUAUUUUUAUUUAGCGAAAAGACAAAUAGCUAUUAAUUUUAAUUUUAAAAUAAAUAUUUGUUGGUUAAUUAAAGUUGUAUACACUUAUAAAAAUAAGUGUAUACAACUUUAUAUAAACAUCAAUAUUAAUUAUUUUAGCUACAUUUGGAAAUUGAUCUUCAUCAAAACGAAAAUGUCCAUUCAAGUACUGAGGAUAGAUAUCUGUUAAUUAAAGAUUUAUUAAGCACCCAUUUGGGACUCGAUUGUGCUCCAUGUGAACAAGAACCAAAACAUACUCCAGCGUAUUUAUUAGGAACCGAAAAUGUAUGAAAAUAAAUUUUUUAAAUUUCCUAUUAGUAGUUUUUGUAGUAUAUGUAUUAUUAUUUUGCAUCACAUGCAUACCUAUAUUGAAUUAAUGGAAACCUAGAUAUCUAGCACAAAUGAAAGUGUAUUUUGCUGUACUUGUUUUAAUUUUUUUUUCUUAUUUUAGGAGAAAGUUAAAUUUUUAACAUCUUUAAAUGAAAAAGGAUCCAAAAAUAAUAUAUUAAUUUUGAAAGACUUAAAAGUUCAGUUUUGCACAAAAAAUGAAAUGUGCAUUGGGCCUAGUGAAUAUUCCCUCCCUGUUAUUUUUAAUGAUUUUCCAAUCAGCUUCAGCGAAGAAGAUUAUUUCAAAGUAAAUAUUAGUAUUAUAGUUACUAUAAAGUUUGAUCAAAGCCAAAUGUACUUAGAUAAAACUAUUCAUACUUUGUAUAUUAUAUAUUCUUUCUAUAUUUCCUUUAUUUAAAUGCAUAUAUAAUAAUGAUUAAUAAAAAAAAAAAAACUUUACAACAAAUUUAAUGUUAACAGAAUCUUCAUACUAAAGAAUUGGGUCGCUUGAUUAUAUUUGGAGAAGUUAUGUCAUCAUCUAUGAGACUCUUAAACCAUCCAGUAACAAAACAUGGACUUGUAGUAAUUGCUAAACAACAAAUAACUGGAAUUGGUAAAACUUUUAAAUUUUUUGCUUAUGUUAUAUAAACCUACUUAUGUACUUAUGUUUGUAUAAGAAAAAAGAAAGAAUUACUUCGCACAUGGGUGGGCCUCUGUUUUAGAUGAAAGUUGGGAAGGUAGAGGGGAAAUUUAAUGUAUAUCUGUAUGCAACAGUUCUGAGCGGAGUUUGGUUAAUAGUGUUGCUUUAAGAACAAUAUAUGUAUGUCUCAUUAUGCUGAAAAUAAUUACAUGUGCAUUAAAUAUUUUCUUUAAUAAUAUUUGUUUAAUAUUAUAUCUAUUUUCUUGUUUUUGACAUGAUUUUCCCAUUUAUCGGGAAAAUCAAAAAAAUUACCUCCUUGAAGUAUCACCCCAGUUAUAUAAACUUUUAUAAAAAAUGCUAUCAUUGUAAAUCGAACAAGAUUUCUGAUAGAAUUUGUAUACAUAGUAUUAAAAAAAAAUGUAAAAAAACAUCUUUAUAAAACCAAUACAUUCUUUGCUACAAUCAGAAUCUAAAAUAACAAAAAUGUAUUAUUAAUUUUAUAUGUUGACAAAAAAUAGGUAGAGGUGGUAACAAAUGGUUGAGUCCAAAUGGUUGUGCCAUGUUUUCAAUACAAUUACACAUUCCGUUUGAAUCGAAACUAGGGCAAAGAUUAGCGCUACUACAACAUGUCGUUGCAUUGUCAGUUGUAUCAGCUAUUUGUUCACUUCCUGGUGGCUAUGAUGUAUGUGUUUAAUAUUGAAAUAGUAAUAUUUUUCAUAAAUAUUUUUGAUUUUAUUUUUUUUAGAAACUUGAUCUCGGUCUUAAAUGGCCAAAUGAUAUAUACGCUGGAGGAAAUGCAAAAAUAGGAGGACUGGUCAUCAGCAGUUCUGCAGUUGGAAACAUUGCAAUCUGUUCUAUUGGUAUGUUAUGUAAUAUUAGUUUAAUAGAAUUCAUAAAAUAGUUCUAAUUUUAUUUUAGGAUGUGGUGUAAAUUUAAACAAUAGUCUACCAACUACUUGCAUAAAUGACAUAAUCCAUGAACACAAUUUUAAUAAUCAAAGCAACCUGCAGACUUUAGCUUUAGAACAAUAUUUUGGAGCUGUUUUCACUGAACUUGAAAGACUAUUGAAUCAAGUUCAAAAUGGAAACGUAGACAUUAUAUUUGAUCUUUACUACAAAUAUUGGUUGCACAGGUAAUUAUUUAAUUAUUUUUUAUUCAAAUUUACAUAAUAAUAUUUAUUAAUUUAUUUUAUAUUUAUUAGUAAUAGUUUAGUCACUGUAUAUCGCCCUGAUAAAUCAUCGUUCAAAGCAACAAUAAUAGGACUUGACGACCACGGAUUUCUUAGGGUUCGUUCAGAAGACAGUGGAGAAAUUAUAGAUGUCAGACCAGAUGGAAAUUCAUUUGAUAUGCUUUCUGGUCUCAUAGCACCAAAAUAAAUGUUUAAUGUCAGCUGUUAUCCAGUUCACGAUAAUUCCUGUAAUUAUAUUAAUUACAUUUUCUCUAGGAAUGAGUUUUUAUGAACUUUUUUAAAUUUCCAUCACUUAUGAUUAGUUAUAAAUUUUAAAAAAAAACAUAACACUAGUAUGGUUUAAUUUAAAACCCCUGGUUUUCUUUCCUAUUUUAAAACAUUUAAUUGAUUUUUUAGAUUUCAAUUUGUAUUUAAUUAUUCCUACCGAGAUUAAUAAAUAUAAAAAUGUGUAUUGUUUACUUAUCAUUAAUCAACAUUUAAUUUUUAUCAAGACUGGGUCGGUUACAUACUUAUUUAUUUAGAAUUUUAAAUGUAUAAGACUAAUUACUAUUUCAGUGUAUUGUAGUUAUAUAUUUUUAUUUUAACUUUGUUGGUUUAGGGGUUUGUUUGUUUAAUAUCUUAAUUAUAUUAUAAUAUGUAUAUGUGUAUUACAAAUACCAAAUAUUGUUACCAAAAAGAUCAACUUUAAAAUCUUGUAUAGUUAGUUUCAUAUUAUUCAGUUUAUUUAUUUACAUAAAAACCUAUUUAUUUUCGUUAUGAAUAUUAUGGGUACCACUGUAAAUGCUAAAGAAUUUUGAUUAUAUUAUUAUUUAAUGUAUUGUUAUUUACUUAGUUUUAAUAAUGUUGAAUUAUUGCUCAUUGUUUGUUAUUGGAGCUGAGAUGUUUAUUUUUUUUUUUUUUUUUAGAAGUAUUUAAUUUAUAUCCGUUGGUAUAACAUGACAUAUACUUUGUCUGACCACAUAAUUUUUGCAAAUUUGUAUUGUAUUAGUACCAUAUACAAACAAUAUUAAUCUUGCAAAAAGUAAUAAAUAAUUGUUAGGAACAACAAAGGCUGUGUCUUCACAAAUUGUGACAAAUAUGCUUAAGGAUUUAAUGAAGUAGACUGUUUCUAUGAUUUUUUUUUAUUAAAAUCAUACACAUGAACUAUCAAAGCAAAUUAUUUUUAAAACAUGAAAAUACAACUGUUUUAAAUAAUUUACUUAAUUAUUUAUAUUAAAUAAUUAUUAUUUUUUAUUCAUUCCACUCAUGUGAUCUUUGGUUAAUUGUAUUCUAUUAUGUUACUAUAAUCUAAUAAAUAGUUAUUUAUUUUUUAGUUGUGCUUAUUCAUAUUUAUUGGUAUUAUUGUUGUUUUACUUUUUUAUUUUUAAUAAAUAUUAAUUCAAAUGUAUUCUAUUUCACAAUAAAAUGUUAUGUCAAAAUCAUAAAAUUAAAGUAUAUAAUAAAGCUUUAUGUAAUAAUGUUAACAUAAUAUUAUGUUUAAUAGUUUAAUUCAUGUGAAAGGUAAUUUAGUUUUUAUUAAAUAUUUAGAUGCAAGAUAAUUAAUAUAUCUCUAAAUUUUGGAUAUGUGUGCUAAGUCAAUUCAGAUUCUGAGGUCAUCUAUGUAAAAAAAUAUUUAGAUUUUCUAAAUUUAAAACAUAAAGUAGGUAUAAAUAAUAUUUAGCAUUACUCUAAUUGUAACAUACUAGAAUAAUCCUUUUUACUUAUUUUUAAAAAUGAUUUUCUUCUUGUUAAUAAUUAAUAAUUUGAUCAGAUUUAUACAGACAUGUGUAUUACACAUUAAAUCUGUAUAUUUAUUUUAUAUCAUCAGUAUUAAAGAAAACUUUCAUUACUACAAGAAAAUUAUAUUUUAAUUAAUUAUUAUGUGUUCUAAAUUCAUUAUUAGAAUAUCAAUUUGAUAAUCAAUGUCACACUAACUUAAAAUACGGGUAUAUUAAGUAUACUAUAUGAAACCUACACAUAAUAAACAUAAUUGCAUUUUGUAUGCUGUUUUAUUAAAUUUAUGUUUAUAAAUAAUAACACAAAAAAUAUAGGAGUUCUGAAUUUACAAUAAUAUUAAGAGACGGUAAAAAUUCAUAAAUCUUCAUGUUUGCUCACUUUCCAAAUAGUUUCAGAACUAAGGCCAUUAUUUGCUGGACCAAUUAGAGCUUUAGCAGUAUUGGUAUUUGAAAAAUAUAAAUUUGCUACAUUCAAAAUAUCAUCUAUUUUUACAUUCAUAAUCUGAUUUCGAUGCUCUUGUCUAAUCUGUUCAUCCAUGUCAUAAAAAAAUAAUGCGUUACCUUUAGCCAUUGGUGCAACUGGUUGAUCUAUUCCUUGGAAUAUAGCUAAUUUUGCUUCAUUCAGCUCUUCAAGAGUUAUUUUUUUUUUGUUUACCCAUUCGAGAGCGCUGUCAAAAGCUUUAAAAGUUUCAACCGGUUUUGGAUCCCGAUAAGAAUACAUCUGUAUACAACCAGAAUUACUCAAUGCAACACCAGAGCCGUAAGCACCAUUCUUUUCUCUAACUGUUGGCAAUAAGUAUUUGGAACUCAUGUAUUUGCAAAGAAUUUUGAGUGGAGCAAAAUCCUUAUGAGUAUAUUGAACACCUGGAAGAGCUUUUGCACAAUAAUUAACAGAAAAUGGUAACACAUGAUGAACACACUUAACAUUGUUAUCUUGUUUUUCAACUUUAUUAUAUUCACUCAAUAGAUUCCAUUUGCCGGCAAUUGUAUUUAGAAAACUCUCCAAACCUUUAGCUGCCUCGAUAUUAUCAUCUACAACAGUCAACGAACACUUCAUUGUAUUUUUGUUCAAUACUUGUUCACUAAGUUUUACUAGAUUUUUCAUUAUUGGGGAUAAAUCCUCCAUCUGAGAAAUUUUUUUCAUAUAACUAACAUACUGGAGUCCACCAUAUAAUUCACGUCGAGCAUCAACAGGAUUAAUAAUAGCAGUUGCACACAACAUUGCAUACAUGUGUCCGCUACCUGAAAUACUAUUGGCCAAACUACUCGCUUCUUCUUGUACGAGAGUUUUGAAUCUAUUUUGAUUUUGGAACGUUACUUGAGUAAAUAUUUUUUUCCAUAGUUCGAACAUUUCGUUGACAUUACUGUCUAAACAAUGAGAGUUCAGAAUAAUACUUUCUUUCAUAUUCAAUAAAUUCCUAGGCGAGUCUAUAAUAGCUUGAGAUACAUGUAAACCACCAGUAGACUUCUUGACUAAUUGAUCAAACUGUCGAAAAUCCAUAGACUCAAUGCCCAUUCUGGUAACUACAUUACAAAAUAAUGGAAUGAGAUUCUUUAAAUUAUCAGAUAAAUGUGAAGUAUUCAAUAAACUUCUAAAAUAAGUCACUCUAUUAGUGGGCUGUGGAAAUAUAAACACUGGCGUAUUAUUUACAUGUUUUCUAUCAAAAGUUAUUGAGUCAGUUGUCUUUUUUAAAUCAUUGAGGCUCAAAGAUGGUAAACACGUAACAUCUUGUAUUGCAUCUUGUUGUUUUCGAAGCUCCAGACCUUGUAGAUAAAUAUUAUCUUUAUCCACGCUGGAUAGAGAAUCCAAUUUUUGUUUUAAUAAUUUUUCCUCAUUUUCUUUUCUUAAUUCUUCAUAAUUGUUUUCUGGUGACAUAGUUAUAACAAGUUUGUGUUUAUUAUUCAGCAAAUACCUAUCAACUAGCGAUUGCAAAUAAUUAGGUCGAUUAGUUAGUUUUUUCUUGAACUCUUCAAUUUUUUCACCGACACACAUUGAACUUAAAACGUUACCACCAUGAUUCCAAAUAGGCAAAGUACCAUACAACAGUUGCAAUCCAAAGUUUGAAGUUUGAUGUCUCAUAGAAAGUUCAACUGAAUGUAAAAUAUUAUCAAUAUCACGUCUAUCAAAACCAUCUUUAAUGACUGAUUUAAUUGUAUCUUCAUAAAUUGAUUCCACACGUUCAAAAUCUGAUUCAUUUAUUCCUUGAAGUCCUACUGCAAAAAAUGUGUCUCUUGUUUGAUCUGUGAAACCAGUUGCAGCACUGAAAUCUGUUCCAAUAUUUGGUUCUAUAAGAGAUUUAUAAAAUUUAGCAUUAGGUCCAUUUAACAAUAGCCUUGAAAGUAUAGCAAGUUCAAAUGUCUCUUGUGUAUUUGUAAUAUCACUCCAAAGGGUACCAAUACUUAAAGAUGAUUGUCUAUCUUUAGGGAUCAUUGGAUCUUCUUUACAAGUAACAUGCGUGCGUUUAGACGAUAACCAUCGAUUUUCAUUCGGAACCUUGGUCUCAUCUUGUAUAGUUGAAUCUAAGGUACAAUUUUUUAAGAAUGUAUUAUUCAAAAACUUCAAGUGAUUUUCUAAGUUGAAAUUACCAUACGAAUAAAAACGGCUGUUACUUGGAUGAUAAUAUCUGUUAUGAAAAGCAACAAGAUCAUUAUAAGUUAAAGAAGGUAUGACCAUAGGGUCACCACCCGAAUUUACACCAUAUGUAUUACUCGGUAAAAUGUUAUUAAGAAAGUGUUCAUUAUAAAUUUGUUGAUUAUCUGAAUAUACUCCUUUCAUUUCAUUGUAAACAACACCUUUGAUUUCUAUUGGAGAAUUUUUAUCAUCAACAUCUUUAUGUUCUAAACGCCAACCUUCUUGGCGAAAAUCAGAUUCUCGUAACAUUGGAUUAAAUACUGCAUCUAAAUAUACUGACAUCAAGUUAUAAUAAUCAGAUAAGUUUUCUGUACAAAAUGGAUAAAAUGUAUAGUCAGGUGCAGUCAUGGCGUUCAUAAAAUUUGCCAUGGAACGAUUAAGCAUUUUAAAAAAUGGAUCACGACAUGGAAAUUUUUUGCUACCGCACAAUGUAGUAUGUUCCAAAAUAUGUGGCAAUCCAUUAGAAUGUUUUGGGGUGGUACGGAACGCUACACUGAAAACAUUGUUUGUAUCAUUCCUAUCAAUAUGCAAAUAAUCUGCUCCUGACUUUUGAUGUUGAAGACGCAGAGCUGUGAGUUGAAAGUCAUUUAUAGGUCUAACUUCUUGAACAAUAAAGCCUUCUAUCUCUUGCCCAACUUGAAAACUAUUGGUAUUUGUUGUUUUAGUUUGCAAAAUACUGAGACCACGAAAAUUUUUACGAUGUUUGUUUAGUGCUUUGGAAAGUCUUAACAUCUUGAAUAUUUUUAACAAAGCUGAAAAAAUA